UGAGUCAGUGAAAGUGGUGGAAGUGAGAGGAAAGCGUCAUUCUUACGUUUUAUAUCUUCACAGAGAAAAAAAAACAAAAAACAAAAAACAAAAAGGGAGAAACUCUUUUGAAAGCAAAUCAUCUUCUUUUUUUUCUAUAUUUCAACGACACUUUCAACCAACACUUGUUAUUGUUAGUUGUUGUUUCUUUGUUCCCUUAAGAUCUCAAAGUCUUAUCCUUUGGGUUUUGAUUAGAUAUCUUCUGUUUGGUUUCAUCACUUUCUUUCUGAUCUGGGUUUUGCUCUCUGUGCUAGGUUUAGUUGUUAGAUCAGUUGAAAGUACCAAUAAAGAUUAGAAAAGAGUAACCCCUUAUAGGUUUUAUUGGGGUUUUGUCUCAUUCUGAGAAAUGGGUUCACAGAGCUAGGAUACUGCAGAAACAACCUUUUCACUUGGAGGGUUCUUGUCUAGUUGCUUUUAGGCUUUUUGGUUUGGUAGAGAAAUUGAAUUAGUAGUAAUGAGAAGAGGUAGAGGGAAAAGAAAGAGGCAAAAUGCUACUGCUAGAGAAGAUGGUGAUGAAGAAGAAGAAAAGAUUCCAGCUUACAGGAGAAGAGGGAGGCCACAGAAGCCGUUAAAAGAUGAAACCGAAGGAGAAAGAGAAGAGAUUGCGGAGAAGGAUGAUGAUAAUACAAACGGUUCAGAAACAAGCAAAGAAGAUGUGACAGAGAAUGGGAGGAAGGGGAAGAAACCGGUAGAAGAGCCUAAAGAGAGCAAUGUAACAGAAGAAGAGAAUGUGUUAGGAUCGAAAUCAAGCGCUGAUGAUUCAGUGAAGUCAUCGUUGUCUAUGGGGUUUAGACAUGUUGGGAGUAGGAGGAAGAACAAACCAAGACGAGCUGCGGAAGCUGUUGUUGAAUGUAAUGGUGUUUGAAGAAAGAGAUUCUUGGAGACUGCCUUUUUGAUUUGUUUUUUUGUUGACUUGAAUAUUACUUUUUGUUGUUAGGACUUUUGAUGCAGUUGCGUUUUAGUUUUCAUACAUGGAAUCAGAUUUUAUCAACUUUUCAGAACAGUAGCACUUUGCCUGAGUUGCUAUGAAGAAGUUUACUUUUCAAAGUUU